AUGUCUAGUUCUGCCAAGAUUCAAAUUGAUACGUCAAAUUUAUCAGCUGAUGAUUUCAACGAAAACUCACGAUAUUCUUUCCUUCAUAAUAUCCAUAAGAAUGUAAUCAAUUCUCAUCAUGUUAUAAAUACCAAUUCACAGAGAAUAAUGAAAUUGGCAGUGAAAAUGUGGUUUUCAAAUAUGAUUCUGAUAGCCUUGAUGGUUCAUCUAAUUUUUCAUGAAUCUAUAGAAGAGGAGAUUUCCUCUGAGCUCAAAACAAGAGUACUGGAAGAAAUGAUGGCUGUCAAUAACUCAAUUAAAACUCAAUACAACUUUGUAAAGCAAAAUCAAGAAAUUAUCAAAAAACUUAAAACAUCGAUUUUCAAAAGAGUUCCUGCUGACAGACAAUCCGUAGAGAGUUAUUCAAAAUGUGUAAAUGAGAAAGCAAAAAAAAAUGUGCAAGUGACCUUGAGAAACGUAUGUUGA